AUGGUCAUAUUUACCUUUGAAGGGAAUCAACACAAGUCUCGCAAUGACUCAAUAGUAUCCAAUAACUCGGGUAGUGUUAGACACAAAUGGCGUCUUAAGCGCUCAAAGCCUAUUAAUUCCGAACCAGCCUCCGAAAAUCUUUCUAAUGAUUCCCUUCCCGGUAUGGUACGUGUUCCGGCCACUGAUCUCUGUGUCGUAUGUGCCAAUGACGUGGAAUAUGUGUACAUCCUUUCCAAAUGUGGUCAUCGAGCCUGUAUUGAUUGCUGGCGACGGUUUGCCUACUCCCAAGUCUCCUCAUUCGCAAUGGCCCACAUUACUUGUAUCGCCUGUGACAGACGUCUUUCUCGUGCCCUUACUAUCCAACUCCUUAAACCCCGACCUCUAGAAAAUGGUGCUUUUGAUGGCUUUUCUAAUUCUGAUCUGCGACAGGCCGAAAAGAUAUAUCACAGAUAUGAGGACUUUUUACUUCGUCAAUGUCUUUCAAGGGAUAAGAGGACGCGUUGGUGUCCCCGUGGUUGUGGGACCCAUGGUCCUUCUAAAGUGGACCUUGAGGUCGCACCAGGCUCCACUGAGAGGACAAUAGCAGCCUUGAAGUUGGAUAGGGGCAGUUUAUUGUAUCCUAGACGAUACGCACUACUAGCGGGUAGUGGUUUUCGCAGUUGUCCACGUAUCAAAUGCGAACACCCAGAUUGUGAGCACGCGGAAUUCUGUUACAAGUGUCACUCCCCCUGGAAUCCGAAUCAUGUCUGCAAGGGCAGCGGUCACGGUUCCACCGCUGCAACAGAAGGCGGUUCUAGCAGUAACGCAGGAACUGCUGGCAACUUUUUUGCUGGUGACAACCCCCGAUCUCUACUCUCACAACUACGACAACUCUUUCGAUUUCCUUCUGCGCCUGUUGUCACGACUGACACUGCGGGUGGCGCAACUACUAAUAGUCGACGAAGACGAAGACCCACCGAGGAUGUUGAAGGCGGCACUUGGUCAGAGUUGACCGCUACCACUGCGUCCACACGCAAGUUUUCUACUACUGCCAUGCCUCUUCAAGUUGACGAUAACACUGAACUGGGAACUAAUACUGAUGACGAGAUUGAGGCAAAUGUAUUUGCAAAUAAGGAGUGA